AUGAAAGGUUUUUUAUUUUGGGUGAAGCCGUCUUUGGUGGGUAGAGUGAAAUGCUCUGAUUCACACGAAGACCCACUCAGAAAAUCCAGAGGGAGGGAGAGAGAGAGAGAGAGAGAGAGAUGCUGGAAAACCCUACACCUCCAUCAUCUCAAUCACAACCACAAGCUCAACCAGAUUCGGCAAACGUCGUCAGACGCUACGCUCCUCCUAAUCAAAGGAAUCGUUCUCUCAACCGACGCAAAUCAGCAGAUCGGUUUGAUCGAAGCAGUUUUUAUGGGAAUGACUUAGAAAAGAAUCAAGUUAGUGCUUCAAAAAAUGUACCUGUAGCAGAUCAUGGUGAUGCAGAAAGCAACAGUCUUCUAAAUGAGAACCCUUAUGCCAGGUUAAUAGCUUUAGAGGGUUGUUCUAGCAGCGAAGCUUCUCAGCUCUUGAGCAAACGUUGGGAAGCUGCGAUGCAGGCCCUCAAUGAUCCUUCCAUUGAUUUAUCAGAUAGACCUGUUUUGUACUCUGGAAGUGGUGCAUCGGCAUGGGCUAACUUCAGAUACCCCCAUCAGUUUAUGGUGGCAGCAGACAGUGUGGGGUCUCCUGGCUCACAAAUGGACUUCUUGGCUGAACUUCGCCAUAAGAUGACCAAUGCUAAUGCAAAUUUUGAUGCCUAGAAUGAGUUAAAUUUGGAUGUGGAUUCAUAGAGUACUCUUUGGGAGCAGGAUUUCCCCUUCUUGGUAGAAAUACUAUGUAUAUUAUCCCACUAAAACUUUUAUGUCAAGUAAUUAUGCCCAUAUGUUGUUAUUGUGCCAAAGGUAUGGUUUGGGAGGCCACCCCCAAAAAAAAAAAAGAAAAAAAAAAACACAAUAUGUCAUGCUUUUACAUAUCCACGAGUUAUCUGACAGAAAUUUGGUUUUUGCAUACAAAAAUGAGCUAGUUAUGUGUUUGUUUUGCUCGA